AUGAAAUCGAACCCUAGUGUCUCCGUUUACUGUAUUUCUCUGCUUCUAUUGAUUCAUUUUGUUGGAGCCAAAUCCGUUUUUGAUAUACAGAGUUUGAAGCAGAUAUUAGAAGAGAAGCUCAACACAGUGCCGUAUUAUUACUCUGAGGAGAUGGAGGCAGUGGCGACAGAUGGAAACAAGUCGGAGAUCAUAGGGAGCGCUCCAGAGAAGCAUCCUCCGGAGUUCUCGGAGCCCGACAAACAAAGCAUCCUGGCUCGUCUCUUUAAGGACCUCAUGAGGACUUCCAAACGUUCAUCGAGCCGUUACAAGAAGGGCGGCCUGAGGAGCUGCUUUGGCGUCCGGUUAGAGAGGAUCGGCUCUUUCAGCGGACUGGGAUGCUGAAAGUAGGAGUCUGGUAACUUGGGGAAAACUGUAUGAUUUCAGGUGUGGAUCGCUCUGGGUUCAACCUUCUCCAAAUCUGUGUGCCCAUAACUCCUGAGCUAUUCUCCUGCUGUGACUGUAUCCAGCCUCUUCGCUCCAUGGAACAUAUUGUGG